CUUUUCCUUGCCCUUUCGCUCCCGUUAUCUUGAAUGAUACACUUAUAGGCAAGAUGCCAAAGGUGUAUCUUCUUGACUACGUGGCGGGGAAUGUGCGAAGCUUGGUUAAUGCCAUUGAGAAGGUGGGAUACGCAGUCGAGUGGAUCAGGUCACCAGAAGAUGUCGAGAAGGCAGAUAAACUCAUCCUUCCUGGUGUUGGCCAUUUCGGACACUGCAUGACCCAAUUCUCCAACGCAGGCUACCUCCCAGCGAUACGAAAACAUAUCGAGUCUGGCAAGCCAUUCAUGGCCAUAUGUGUUGGGUUACAAGCUUUAUUUGAAGGAUCCUCAGAGAGCGCGGCAGUCCCAGGUCUUGGGUUGAUCAAAGGACACCUCGACAGAUUUGACGACAGCUCGAAAGCAGUCCCGCACAUUGGAUGGAACAGCGCAAACACUUCAGACAAGCAGAUGUAUGGCCUGAGACCGAGUUCGAAGUACUACUACGUUCAUUCAUACAAAGUACCGUAUCGGCAAGGAGAGCUCGAGAGGCAGGGAUGGACUGUUGCGACUGCGAGGUAUGGGGACGAGGAAUUCAUUGGUGCGGUAGCAAAGGGAAAUAUUCUGGCCACGCAAUUCCAUCCUGAGAAGAGUGGAGUUGCGGGUUUGAGAGUCAUUAAGGCAUUCUUGGAUGGGAAUAUAGAGAGCGGACACACUCCCGGGCAAGGAGUAGCGGAAGAGGGCCUUACUCGGAGAGUGAUUGCGUGCCUGGACGUACGAACGAACGAUCAAGGAGACUUGGUGGUCACGAAAGGCGAUCAAUAUGAUGUACGGGAGAAGACGUCUGGAGGCAAUGUUAGGAAUCUGGGCAAGCCGGUCGAGAUGGCGAGUAAAUACUAUGAGCAAGGAGCGGAUGAAGUCACAUUUCUGAACAUCACAAGUUUUCGAGAUUGCCCAUUGGCAGAUUUACCAAUGUUGGAGAUACUACGAAAAACAUCUGAAACAGUUUUUGUUCCACUGACAAUUGGUGGUGGAAUCCGAGAUACGACGGAUACGGAUGGGACCAAAGUUUCCGCGCUGGAGAUUGCCACGAUGUACUUCAAGAGCGGAGCUGACAAAGUUUCGAUUGGAUCAGACGCCGUGAUUGCUGCUGAGGAGUACUACAAAGUUGGAAAGAAGCUAUUUGGGAACACAGCCAUUGAGCAGAUUUCCAGCGCAUAUGGAAAUCAAGCUGUUGUUGUCAGCGUGGAUCCGAAAAGAGUCUAUAUCUCGAAACCGGCCGAGACAAAACACAACACUAUUCAAACGAAAUACCCCGGUCCAAACGGCGAGCAAGCAUGCUGGUAUGCCUGCACCAUCAAAGGCGGAAGAGAAACCCGAGAUAUGGAUGUGGUGGAAUUGGUGCAAGCGGUGGAAGCCAUGGGCGCAGGCGAAAUCCUCCUCAAUUGUAUAGACAAGGACGGAACGAACAGCGGCUUCGACCUAGAGCUGAUCAAUCAAGUGAAAGGCGCGGUCAGCAUACCGGUCAUCGCUUCAAGCGGAGCAGGCAACCCGGCUCAUUUCCAGGAAGUCUUCUCCAAAACGCGGACCGAUGCGGCUCUUGGUGCGGGUAUGUUCCACAGAGGCGAAUACACUGUUAAACAAGUGAAAGACUUCCUCGCUGAGAAGGGCCUUAUGGUCAGACAGUUUGAAAGCGAGCUAUAGGGAUAGUCAGCAAUACGAACUCUGCUGUCAUGCUAGCCAAGAAUACCCCGGCGCAUCACGUGCCGAGAUUUAUAAUCCUUCCGAUCCUCCGGUGAUUGUCUUUAAAUCUGUGCCAAGAACAG